AUGACUAAGGAAAAUCACUCCUUGACAACUGAGUUUGUCCUCAUGGGAUUUACAGAUCAUCCAGUGCUGAAGAACCUUCUGUUUUUGGUGUUCUCUGCCACCUACCUGAUCACCAUGAUAGGUAAUCUCGGCCUGGUGGCACUGAUAAUCAUGGAGCCUCACCUUCACACACCAAUGUACAUCUUUCUGGGCAACCUGGCUCUCGCGGAUUCCUGUUGUUCCUGUGCCAUCACCCCCAAGAUGUUAGAGAACUUCUUUUCUGAGGACAGAAUGAUUUCCGUCAAUGAAUGCAUGGUACAGUUUUAUUUUCUCUGCCUUGCUGAAACUGCAGAGUGCUUCCUCCUGGCAGCAAUGGCUUAUGAUCGCUAUGUGGCCAUUUGCAGCCCCCUGAAGUACCACACCAUGAUGUCAAAGAAGCUCUGCAUUCAGAUGACCGCAGGGGCCUUCAUAGCUAGUAAUCUGCAUUCCGUGAUCCAUGUAGGGCUUCUAUUCAGGUUAACUUUCUGCAGGUCUAAUCAAAUUGACCAUUUUUUUUGUGAUAUCCUUCCACUCUAUAGACUCUCCUGUACUGACCCUUACAUCAAUGAAUUAAUGAUAUAUAUCUUUUCAAUGCCAAUUCAGAUCUUCACCAUUGCCACUGUCUUGAUUUCUUAUAUUUGCAUCCUUUUUGCUGUUUUCAAGAUGAAAUCCAGAGAAGGGAGAGGUAAAGCCUUUUCUACCUGUGCGUCCCACUUUCUGUCUGUCUCCACAUUCUACAUCUGUCUUCUCAUGUAUAUUCGCCCACUUGAUGAAGGGGAUAAAAAUAUGCUGGUGGCAAUUUUUUAUACAAUAGUAAUUCCUGUACUAAACCCUUUUAUUUAUAGCCUGAGAAAUAAGGAGGUAAUAAGUGUUCUGAAAAAAAUUACGAAGAAUCAUAUUCUUAAGUGA